GCACAACAUAACCGAGCCCAUCAUUCUCUAGUCUACUUGCUCAUUAUGUGCACACUCGCUGCCCGUAACGCCUCUGCCGCGGACACAGGACCCUGGCGUCCGGAUCCCACCUUCCGUGGUACAUGGGGAAUCAUAUCGACCUGUCUUUCUACCCUUGUCAUCUGCGUCUGGAGCGCUAUUCACGUCGAUAUACCUCCUCGUCAUCAAAAGCGGUCCUUUGUCGUUAAAGUCCGGUGGUUGAUCAUCGGACUGUUCGCCCCCGACGUUUUGCUCUACACGGCGCUCUGUCAGGCUUUCUGGGGUUGGGAGCUGUCGCGGAAUAUGAGUGCUGGCUUAGUGGCCGAGCAGUCGGCGGCUUCCCGGGUCACUUGGCAAGAAAGACUAUGGAGAUCUAUUAGAUGGAGUGCGGGUUCUAGACUCAAGGCUGGUAUCGGCAGGACUUUGACGGGAUCAAGCAUCCGCAAGAAUGCUUGGACGCUCACUCACGGUUACUACGCCGCCAUGGGCGGCUUCAUCCUCGAUUCUUCAUCGACCCCCGUCUUCGGCACAGAAACGCGACUGGUUCUCUCCCAUAAUAUGAUGGCUAUCAUUGUGAAAAACGUUCCUGACCUCAUUCCCGAUAUUCCGGAAGAUCGCAUCCGGCAACAGAGCAAGUCGAACGAGCUCGCCAAAGCGCUACUUGUUCUGCAGCUGGUCUACUUCUCCACCUCUUGCGCCGCGCGCCUGGCGCAGGAGUUGCCACUCAGCCUACUUGAGAUCUGGACCCUUGCGCACGCACUUGGCGCGAUCUUCGUGUACGUUAUCUGGUGGAAGAAGCCAUACGACAUCCCGGAGCCGACACUGAUUAUGGGGGACAGAGCGCACGAAUUCGCAGCCUAUUUCCAGGUGAUUGGCUUGCCAACGAUACCAAUUGUCGCUGGAAUACAUCCUUUCUCUGGCUAUGCUGAGAAGGACUAUCUCAGGGUCGCCCCUUGUGAGCUUUUGGAGGAUACUGGAAUCAUCCCUGACGAGGAACAGAUGACGGUUAAAUUACUCCCUGGCGAGUCUAUCCAGCUUGAGGGCUACACCUUCGCUAUCAGGGCCAAGGAAGCGGACCCUUUCGGUCGUCGUGUUUUUGGAACAACCCAUUGUCCAUGGUACGCUCAGGAGCGUGACUCAGACGGCAGUGUCUCGAUUAGCAGGGCCGACAUCUUGCGAUGGCGGCUUGCUGCCCGCGCUGCUGCACGGAUAAGCGAAAGCUGGUGGCCCACGGACGUGGUUCGCUACACGAAGGCAGGUGGAUUGGGGGCAUCUGAGGGUAUCCCAUCGGCGCAAGCUCUGACCAUCUUGGGUAUCUUCGCUACUCUCUUGAUCGCGUACGCGUUGCCGCAUUUCUUAGGCUGGAGUGCCGCAUUCCCAACACCCGUCGAGCGCAUGCUGUGGCGUGUAGGAUCCAUCGUGGUAGGAGUCUUCCCCAUUACCAUUUAUGCCAUCUUAAUUCUCAUGUUUCUCAUCAACGGUUGUUCCUUUCUUGUUGAAGACGUAAAUUACGUUCUAUUCGGAUUCUUCUCUCUGUGUUUUCCAUUUAUCGCCCUGUACAUCUUUGCGAACAUGUUUACCCUCGUUGAGAGCCUCAGACAACUCUUCCACCUUCCUGACGGCGCAUUUCUACUACCAGAAUUUUCAGCAUACUUUCCCCAUUUUGCAUAACAUUGUCUACCCUUUCAAACUAUCUAUUGUGUUACGUUGCGGAUAGGAUUUUACUAGGCCUGGCCUUGAUUCAAGACUCAAUUAUCUCCUACUGGCCGUUAUGCUCGCAUGCUGUCAC